AUGUCUCAGGCUGAAUUUGACAAAGCUGCUGAGGAGGUGAAGCAACUCAAGACCCAGCCAACGGACGAGGAGAUGCUGUUCAUCUACAGCCACUUCAAACAAGCCACCGUGGGCGACGUAAACACAGAGCGGCCUGGGCUGUUGGACCUCAAAGGCAAGGCCAAGUGGGACUCAUGGAAUAAGCUAAAAGGGACUUCCAAGGAGAGUGCCAUGAAAGCCUAUGUGGAAAAAGUAGAAGAGCUAAAGAAGAAAUACGGAAUAUAAAAGACCGGAUUUGGCUGCCAGCCACACGUGUGACCUGAGAAGACAGAAUGCCUUGGUUUUUUUCUAAUGUAGAUGAUACGGCUCUGAUAAGUUAGGGCCAGAAUUAAUCAUUGAUCCUCCUCCCUGUGUAGUUUUUACCUGAAAUCAUUAAAAGUACAUUUGUUACUCUAUA